AUGGAACCAAAGGUUCCGCCUGGGCUGUUGACGAUGUCCCAGUCUCCCAGCGAGCUACUGGGACGAGAGAAAUUAGACGUCACGGCAAUCAAGAGCUUCUGGCAAGCUUUCUACGUCUCACGACAGGCCACCAAUACUCAGACAGAUCGUCGACUUGAGUAUUUGUUCUGGAGAAUAUGGAGUAGCGAGACCUUGCAAGACGAUGCCAGUAUCGAGUCUCUGGAUCGACUGGUGUCCCGAAUUUUGUCCCCAAGUGAAACAACCAAACCGCAAAUCCCCCCAUCAUCGGAGUCUGUGUUACCUUCUCCGGGGCUCCUCUCAGCUCCACGGGCCAUUCCACAGGCUCCAUCCAAGCCUCAGUCGACCAACCGCUCAAAGAGCCCCCUUCCUCCAAUCUUGAAGAAGCCCCACAGUAUUCACGGCGACGUGCUAAAGUCAGCUCGUCUUCUUCUGGAGAAUCCUGACGGGGAAAUUGUCACCCUCAAUCCCUCAACCCCUCCUAAAUCAGACACAACUGAACCCGACGCGAGGCACAACUCAUCAGGAGGAAAGACAUCGAAGAAGCCUCAAGUGAACGCUAAUCGCGGAGGCCGAGGCUCGCGUCGUCGAUCUGUAUUUAAUCGGCGCAAAUCAUCACAAAUAACCAUUCCCAAGUCCAACUCAUCCCCGAGCCAGCGCCUGGUGAGCUCCCACCCUGCUAAAUUCGACAACCCAAUAGACCCACUGUUGAAUGCCGACCUUAUGUCUCCCCACGAGCUCUCGCAUGCAGAGAUUCACGCCGGGGUCGAGCCAGAAGACAGCUGGGCAGAUGAAGAAUCAGCUGUGCCUAUCAUAAAACGAGCCAGCAAGCUAGUCGCAUCACCAGCAACAAGUCUCACCGAGCGUAUUCACCCCAUCAAGAACCCCGAGAUCAGCCCUGCCGUCCUCGAAAUUGCAGAUAAGCAAGACCCUAUUCUCCCCCCAGGAAUUCAAACGGUUUGUCGAGACCCCAUUCAGGACGGAGCCAAGCAACAUGCUGAACCCACGGAAUUCAGUUUCUCUGAUGCCUUUCCCGGCACCCCCGAAGAAUCCUUCUUAAGCACCGAUACCUUGUCAGGCAUCUCCGUCAAUGCCACUAAAAGCGGCGAUAUUCCCGGUCUAAUCAACGCAAAACGUAUCCCCAUGCCUAGGAGCAUGAUGAAUGAACUUCUCAAUAUCAUCGAAGACCCGAAGCCUGUAAAGGACCGAAUCCAUCUCCCCAUCCGUCCCUGGUUCGUCACCGAGCACGCCUGGUACCGUAUUCCACAGCAGCACUAUCUCUUCGACUGGAUGAUUCUCGAGGAACCGACUCUUAAUGAACAGCCUUCGGAGAGACGGCUUGUUGAGCGCGAUUUUAGACAGGGCUUUGCAGAUCAGAUGGAGUAUCAGAUUGAAAUGCUUGCUGAGCUUGAGAGAGCGAGUCAAGUGGCUCUUGCGUUGGAGCAUGGCCCUGUCAGGGAGAUCUGGAAUGAUAGUUGGGACUCUGAUACCCCUACUCUGGCAUGUGACUCCCAUGAAGCUCUUUCAUCGGACAAUCGCAUGGUUGAGGAGAUUUCCUUUGUAAACAAGUUUGAUUCCAAAAUGUCUAUCCAGACUCAUUGA